AUGUCUUCGCGUAAACUGAACAACAUUUUUGGCCAAGUAAAGUCGGAAAAAAAUAAUACUAUGUUCCAUUUAAUUGCUGAAGCGGGCCUUGACGAUAUUUUGGAUCGAAUUUGGAACGCGACCGGUAAAGACGAACUGGAGAAAAUACUGAAGAUGAAGAAUAACGACGGAGAAACCUGUCUACACAGCGCCCUUAAGAACUUAAGAGGAUCUGGAGCUGAAAAAAUGAUGGCUCAACUAUUCGACAUGGGAGCAGAUUUAAACGCCCAAAAUGCCAAAGGUGACACUGUUUUGCACAUAGCCGUAAAACAAGAGGACUACAAACUCAUCGACUGGCUGAUUUCAAUGUGUGUUGAUAAGAGUAUCAAAAACAAGAGUGGACUAACGGCGUAUGACGUGGCAGUAAACAACAGUAAUUACAAAAUAAUGAAAAUGGUAUCGACUGGAAAAGAAAAAGAUGCUGAGUGUUUAGUGGACCUGUUAGCAUCUAUUAGUCUCUAG